AUGGAAGAAGAACUAUACAAAAUAUUUACGCACACAAGUGUGUUACAAAGUCGAGAACCAGAAUAUUUUGUUUGCCAGGACUUAAUUGACUUGGAUGUAGAUUUAGCAGCUGGCAGGAAGUGUCAGAAGACUGAGGAAAGCAGAAAUGUUGUGAAGACAAAGGAGAACGAUGACAUUACAGAAGAAAUAAUAAAACCAUUAACAAAUGAAGACGCUUUUUUCUCUAUAAACUGUGAACUGUAUAAUAAUCACACUACCGGUCAUGGGAGAACAAAGAAAAUAGCUAAGCAGAUGGCUGCAAAAGAAAUGUUACUAAAACUUGUUGAAAAAGAAUUAUUCAAGGAAUUCGGUCUUGGACAAACGAAAGAAGAGGCAAUUGCAAGUUUAGAAAAUUUGAUGGAAGAUUUCCAAAAACGAGAAGUUGGAGAUAAAUGCGCUGUAGAAAAUUGGAUUGGACAAGUAAACGAAAGAUGUCAAAGACUUAAGCUUCCGAAUCCAACAUACGAAAUCACUGAAGAGACUUCUGCCACCCAACGUGAUUUUAUAGCUACUUGUAGCGUAGGAGUUACUACUGUCGAAGCACGAGGAAAAACAAAAAAGAUAGCGAAAUCACUUGCUGCAAAAUUGAUGUUCCUCCGAAUGGAAGAGGAUGCGGAUCUUACUGAUAAUUCAAACACAUUGGAUGUAUCUGGAAGCAAGACUGCAAAUGAAGAUGGUGGUGAAGAAGCCACAAUUCAUGAGAACAGUGAGAGUUUGUUUGAUGUUUUCUUAGAGAACAUAGAGCAUCCAGAAUCUUUAGAAAAAGUGCACUCAACUUUUCGAAAUGGCUCUCUAACUCAAAAGCUUGUGAAAUCAUUAAACGACUUGAUUAAUUCAGGAGACGACAAUAUCAAUAAAAUUUUUCGUCCGGAAACCAUGAAAUUUUCAUUUCUGAAUCCCGAUGGCAGUGGUGUUAAGCUAUGUUUGCUUUCAAUUGCUGGCACGGAUGAUAAUAAUGUUUUCCAUGGACAUGGGAAAACAGAAACAGAAGCAAAGGAAUGUGCUGCCCGAAAUGCUUUUGUAUAUUUGGAACAACUUUUGCGAACAUCGGAACAAUCGUAA